AUGAGUGGGCCCCAGGUUGAGACCAGCGAGUGUCGUGACAUCUUGCGCUACGCAUUCCUCAACGAUGCUGCUCAAGUCCAAUCCUUCAUCGAGAACAUCGCAAGAAGAGAACAGCAGUCGUUCGCAGUCAUCGCAAUGGCGAGUAGAGAUGAGGCAGGCAGCAGCAUGCUUCAUUACGCGGCACUGAAGGGCCAUGUAGAGAUGGCAGAUCGCAUUCUGGCCGAGUUCAACAAUUACCGCCCGGACUUGAUCAUCCCUUUUGCGGCCCGCAAGGGCCAUCGCUACUUCUGCGAGGUGAUGCUAGAGGCCGGCGCCAACGCUACUACGAAGAACAACGCCGGGAAGACCCCGGUCGGCUUUGCGAGAGAGGCGCUCGCAACGAAUGAAGCCAAGCUAGUCGACGCCCAAGGAAAGCUGAGCACUCAGGACGACGAGGCCGCAAUGACGAAGGGGGCGGAGGAAAUUACACGCCUGCAAGAUGUCAAGCAGAAGCUCGAGGGUACUUUUCAGUACCUCGAGGGAAAGGUUCGUGCUUCGGAUCAGGCGAGAGGCAAUGCUGCCUGA